GCUCAGGAGGUGAGGAGUAUAAAGCUUGGGGAUGUGGAAGGAGGGAGGCAUUCCUGCAAGGAUCUUCCUCCAGAUAGGAUAUCAACCAUGAAGGCCUCCAUUCUCUUAAUUGCUGUUGCCGUUGCAACUGCACAGCCGCAGUUCAACGAGAGGCGUGAAUUCAACACAGCCGUUAGACUUGCUGGUCCUGGAUUCUUCCAGCAAGGAGCAUCUUUAGCCAGUCGAUCAUCCUUUAACAACAACUCCAACCAACAGCGACAGUCUUUUUCCACCUCUGGAAACAGCAACUUCCAGAAUCAAAACAAUGACUUCCAGUCUGCAACUUUUGGCAGUGACAGGAAUUUAGGUAGUGCUCAGUCUUUCCAGAACAACAACCAGUUCCAGAAUCGUCAGUCUCAGCAAAAUCAACAAAAUGCCUUAACAUCGAAUUCCUUCCAGCAGAAUAGAGGUAACCAAUUCCAGUCUGCCAACAUAGCCAAUAAUUUCCCCCAGAACCAAUUCCAAAAUUCUCGGGGCCAGCAAAAUUCCCAGAACCAGUUCCAGACAUCCUUUGAAAGGGAUAAUUCCAGGAACAGAAUCACAUUGCUGGAAAAUGUCCAGCUAACUCCAUCUACUCGUUUCCAGACUACUUCUGGACAGCAGCCAUCUGGAAUCUCUUUCCAGGCUAACAGAAACCAACAGAGCACUGGUAACCAAUUCCAGCAGUCUAGCCUGAACCAGAGAAAUUUUGAGGGCAACUUCCGUUCCAGUGACAACAACAGAUUCUCUACUGGAAGUCAGUCUCAGUCCGGUGCUCAGUUCAGAUCAGGUUCCUCUUCCUCCAGUGAAUUCGACGGUGUUUUCGAACCCCUGAACCUUCCCUCUGGAGCCAGUGCCAUCCUCGGAAGCAUCUCCACUUCCUUCAGCUGCGUCGAGAGGCCUUAUGGCUACUAUGCUGACCAAGACAACUCCUGCCGUGUCUUCCACAUCUGCAAUCCUUAUCUCUUCUCUGACGGAGAAGUCCAGACUUAUCAGUAUAGCUUCAUGUGCGGCGAGGGCACCAUCUUCGACCAGAACGAGAUGACCUGCAAGGCCGAAUACGAAGCCACCCCUUGCCAGGAGGCCCAGAACUUCUACUUCAGGAACGAACAAUUCGGUCGCCCCGAGGAGAAGUCUUUCUAAGGGCCACGAGGGAACAAUCCCCUAAGGCAACAUUGAUUUGUCUUACCUGAUGUUUGGGUGGAUUCUGCCAUUGCUUGAAAAUGGUCUAACUGACUUGAAAAAAAAUAUCACGCAUGUAUUUAAAAAAGUUAUAUAAAACGGAAUGAAGAAUGAA